GUCAAAAUAUUUGACAUUUGUGAACUGGAGAGACAGCUAUGAAGACUAUUGUGGCAAUCGUAUUUUGCGUUAUUUUGACUCUCGUUGUGUGUGUAUCUGGACACGGUCACGAGCAUGGACAUAGCCAUGAACAACACCACCAUCAUCAUCAUGAGCAUCCAAACGGUCAUCAGGAACAUCACCACCACGGACAUGAACAUGAACAACAUGAUCAUGGACCUGAACAUCGUCAUGAACACCAUCAUGAACACCAUCACGAUGGCAUGGAAGAAAGCUCUGUUUUCAAUAGAUACAGUCGCGAAAUGAACGAACCAGAAGUACCCACUGCAAGUGCAAAGACAAAAAUGCCGCUUACCCCUAAACCCAUUCGAAGCACCGUGACGAUUUGGAUAGAGGCUCUAUCUUCUACUAUUCUCAUAAGUGCUGCCCCAUUUUUCAUCUUAUUUUUUAUUCCGUUGACUGGAAACACUGCUGAACAAAAGCCGCUUUUGAAAAUUCUUCUAGCCUUUGCAUCUGGUGGACUUCUUGGUGACGCGUUCUUGCACUUGAUUCCACAUGCUAUCAAUCCUCACAGCCAUCUGGAAGAGCACAGCCAUUCUCAUGAUCAUGACCAUGGUCAUGGUCAUGGUCAUGGCCACAGUCAUUCUAGCGACAUGACUGUAGGAUUCUGGGUUCUUGGUGGUAUUAUAGCAUUUCUUAUUGUGGAGAAAUUUGUGAGAUAUGUUAAAGGAGGGCACGGACACUCCCAUGGCCAUGAGCCUUCCUCUAGUAAAACUACCGACAGUGAAGAAGUGAAGAAAAAGGACGAUGAAAAUGUCCGUAAGAGAAAGAAAACUGAAGAAGAUAAAUCUGAAGAAGAAGAUACGACAAAAGAAAAUGACCAAACUGAAAUUAUUGAACCAAAGGAGAUUAAGGUAGCAGGUUACCUUAAUCUAGCAGCUGACUUUACACACAAUUUUACUGAUGGUCUUGCAAUAGGAGCGUCAUUUUUGGUUAGCCGCAAUCUUGGAAUUGUUACUACACUAACUAUUCUAUUACAUGAAGUACCUCAUGAGAUUGGAGACUUUGCAAUUCUUGUUCAGUCUGGUUGUGACAAGAAAAAGGCCAUGUACCUACAGUUGUCUACAGCUACUGGCGCUAUUGCUGGGACACUUUGUGGUCUCUUGGCACAUAACAUUGGUUCUUCAGCAACCUUGUGGAUUCUUCCAUUCACCGCUGGUGGAUUUAUUUACAUAGCAACAGUAUCUGUUAUUCCUGAAUUACUUGGUGAUUCCAAGAUUGGACAGUCAAUAAAAGAGGUCAUAGGACUCCUGUUUGGGGUAUUUAUGAUGGUUGUUAUAGCUCAAAUUGAAUGAUAUAGGGGUUAGUAUGCGUGUACAUGUAUUCAAACAAUCAUGUAGUUACAUUGUUAAAAGUUAAAAGGCAUACCAGUAUUUGACUUUAAUUAAGGAGGCUCAGGGUAGUUUUGGUCUGGCACACCUAGCCGCAUUGAAACGGCUACAACUUCGUCUUGAAUAACUCGAUC